AUGAUGAAGUACCAAUACUCGUUGACCGUUUUAUUCCUCGCGUCUGUCGUGCACGGUUUGAACGAUUGGUCAAAGGCCUGUCUGGACGGCGAGUGCUCCUAUGACCUCCCGAGCACAGAUGGAUCCGUGUCCGGGACAUUAAAAAUAUGGGGUUCACCAAACGCGAUCUCUGAUAUCACCCCCGCUGCUGGCUGGACUAUACUCGGCUGCGACAGCAAUGCACUCUCCCAGGAUAUCCGUCUCGUGUGUGAGACCGAUGAUCCUGACUCUGGGUGCAACCAUCUACUGCAAAACUCAGCUGUCGGGAAAAUUGUACGCUUGCCGGAGAACUGCGGUGGGAGUGCCUUUGCCAGGGUCUCUCGGUCCUGGGUGCACGAAGACCAGACAAUCCCUUCUAGUAUCGCGGCGCGAAUCGUUCGACGGGCUAAUGCUCAGCCUGAAGUCCGUGGCCUGGCACUUGAUACAGACUUCUCGAAGGUUGAUCCAUCACAAGCUGGCAACGUAUCCAUAGCUAUCCAAGGCGCGACUAUUCCCGGUGCCAAUGGAAACCUGACAAUAACAGCUCCCAACGCAUCAAGACGUCGCAGUCGUCUGUCUCGCCGGGGCUUAUUUGACUUUGUGGAAGAUGCAUUCGACAAAUUCAACUCUUUUGACGAGUCCAUCACAAAAUCUCUGCCUCCCAUCGAUGUCAACAAGAAAUUUCCGCUACUUGAUCAGAAGGUCUCGUGCGGCGCCUUCGACGCAUCUGUGAAGGCCGACAUCAACACGGCGGCGCACGCUUUGGUCACUGUUGGUAUCGCUACAACUGGGACUAUCAUCCCGCCUAAGUUAGACGAGUUCGGCCUUUACGCAUCCCUUAAUGCUGACUUAGACGGCACUUUGACACUCUCUGGAUCUGCUUCGGGUGCAAUUGAUUCGGGUGCUCAGACUCUGUUCCAGGUCGGUAUUCCUGGGCUUGAUUUCCCUGGAAUAUUGAGCAUCGGCCCUACGUUCAAGAUUAUUGGACAAGCCAAAGCUGACCUCGAUAUCAAUAUCGACAUGACGGUCGAUCUGUCUUAUAAGGUGGAUGGGGCGAAGUUAUUCUUCCCUGCGUCGAAGGGACACCCCUCCGGAGGUGGUUUCAAGCCUAGAGAAACACCGCUCAAACUCUCACUUAGCCCAUCGUUUGCCUCCAAGGGUACACUUGAAGCCCAUGUGAUCCCAACGCUUGACUUUGGCAUUAGCGCGCUUGGUGGCAUUGCUGAAGCUACUGUGUCCCUUGACUUGGAUGCCAGCGCUCAGAUGACGUUGUCUUUAGAUGCCAAAGCUACGGGGAGUGCUACUGUAGCGCGUGAAAUUGGCUCUAGUUCUAUCGAGCCUCCCACGAAGCGUGCCAAAGUGUCAACCGCUGGGUCCGCCAGUGUGAAUGGGUGUAUAGACAUCGGCGCCGCCCUUAAUGUGAAUGCAGGAGCCGAUGGCUCGUUCUUCGGGCUGUUCAACAAGUCAACGAAAGUCAACCUCUUCAGCAAGAGCUUUGAUUUGUUCAAGAAAUGUUUGGGAGCUUCUACUGAUUCCGCUAGCAAGAGAAGAGGGAUUGCGUCAUCCAGUGCAUUUGCCAGACGAAGUACCGGCCUGAGGGGGCGAGCUCUUUCUUGCCCUGCUGACAAUUCUGGAGCGAACUUGAUCAGCGUGGUGGAUACGAUCUUGACUGGAUUGGGCGCAUAG